GUCCACCCUUCACUACUCUCGGCUUAAAUUUCAAUUUCGUUGGAGCCGUGUGUUUUUUUCUCUCUCUCUCCUCUUGUCCUCUUCUCCUUGUUCAACCCGCAAUCCUCCUCUUUUGCCUGCCCUUGCUUGGCAUUUCCCCCCUCACACUUCCCCCUCCCCCAAAAUUCUUCACUUUUCUUCCCCAUUUUAUAUUAUAUUAUAUUUUAUUUCUUUAUUUGAUUCCCUAAAAAAAUUAAAAGAAAAAAAGAAAAACCAAGCCCGUCUUCUUUUCCGUCCUAUGUCUUUCAGUGUGCUAAACUCGCUAUUGUCGCUGCUGUGGGCAAUAUAACUAUAGUGUGUGUGUGUGUGUGUGUGUGUGUGUGUAUAUGUGAAGGUUUCGUCCUUUUUGCCUGUUGUCCCGAAUCUCUCCACCAAACGAAUUAGUUCCAUUUUUCUUUUUUUUUUUCAACUUUUUUCCCUUUUUUUCUUCCUCUCAACUUGACAACAUCCCGCACUCCUUCAGCUCUCCAACCUCCAACACAACCCCCUCCCUCCCUCCCCCAGGCAACAGCAACUUCAUCAGCGACAGGCUUGCACCUCCAACUAGUCAGAUAGCCGCUCAAUUCGCCAUCUGUCUUGUCUCAACGUCGUUGCGUGGCUGCAAGCUCGUCCUCGAUUUCGCCCUCACGCACUUCAAUCCUCCUCGUCUGUCUGGACGUCGUCGCUUGUCGUCGCGUGGGACUCCCUCUUCUUGGUGGGCUGGCUGGCUCUUGGUGACCAAAGGGGACAAAACAAAUAAAAAUAAAAAUAAAAAUAAAAAUAAAAAUAAAAAAGAAUAAAAAAAAAUAAAAAAAACAAACCAGAGAGGCCUUCUUCCCCUUCAAUCGCGCUUCCUUUCGGGGCGUUUCACCAAAAAAAGGAGAUCGUCCGGACAAAGCCCACAGCGCUUUUUUUUCUUCGGGAUACUCAUCACAACACAAACCAUUUCGACCCUCCAUCCUUCCCUGUCUUUACGGGUGUCCUGUGUUGCUGUUUAUCAAAAAAGUCUCUCUUUCGCUGUGAAUCCUCGGUUUUCGAAAAUAUCCUUUCCCCAAGAUCUCCUUCCCGCCAGUGCCUCAUCCAUCUAGUGAACACGGUUUUUCCCCCUCCGCGAUAGAUAGUCGACAGGCUCUUGACGUUCCUGGGUUUUGAGACAACAGUUGUUGGUGGGGCAGCCAGAGGGUGGAGGUUGUCCGUUUCCGCCAGACCGGCAGUUGGAGUCGUUUAACAAGUUGCUGGACUCGUCCAGCACAUAAAACCCUUUCAGUUCCAUCUAUCUAGACAUAGAACCCGUGCCAUCUCGCAACGUCGAUUUGUUGUGGCAAAAUACUGAUAAUUUUUUGCAUUCCACCAUGUCAACCUCAACUAGCAGACCUGGGCUAGAGAUGCCCGCGUUUUCCUACGCCCAAGCCGCUAAGGGAUUUUCUACGCCUCCAAGCGUGCAAAUCGUUGCUGAGAAGCAAAACAAGUCCAGCACAACAUCGUCAGACCCGAGCAGCCAUAGGACAGCUACUGGAUCGGUGGAUGGGGAUGGGUCAAACCGAACUGUCGCCUCUUCGACGGACUUGGAAUCAUCGUCAGUUGCCACGGAACCCGCUGAUGCCACCGACAAAUCGCAAUCAUCUUCUGAGCGCUCCUCAGAUUGGACAGUCACCCCACCUGCUGCUGGUGCGCCAUGGAAGACUGCUACUUCCGGAACUUCGUCUCCAAGCGUGGGAACUACAUCUACUACAACGCUGCCUAAAGAAGACGAUACCUCUGGAACUCCAAAUGGCAUACCCGACUCUAGCUGGGACAAGCAGUCGCAAGUUUCAGGAACCGUCGAAAAGUCGAGCGAAAGUGGAGAAUCGGGCAAGGAAAAAUUGAAGGAAAACGGUUGGGAGAAGGAUGUUCCUGUUCUAAAAGAAUUGAAGGCUGCGCCCAUCCCCGCAGUAAAUGUCUGGCAACAAAGGAGAGAAGCACAAGAGGCAAAGGCCAAGGCUAGUGCUGCCUUGAAAUCGACAACGACGGCUGCUGCCAAGCCUUUCAACUCGAAGUCGUCCGUUCCUAGCGAAAACCGUGCGGAAGGUUCAAAGGGUGGCCCCAGAAAGAAGGCUGGCGGUUCUGAAGUCGCGGCAGAUGCGGCAAUAGCCAAGAAAAAAUCGAGCGAAAGCGGUAAGAGCAAGGAAGAAGCAGAGACCCUCCCUCCAGUUGGCGAUGCAUCUUCGUGGCCCACCCCUCAGCUGGCACAAGGCGAAGAAUUCCGCAAGGCCCAAGAAAAGAGCGACAAGACGGAGAAGUCCGAGAAGGAAAAGGCUCCUACCGCCGGAUCGCGCGGGAAGGAGAAAUGGAUGCCCGUCCCCUAUGUUCCGACGGCUGUUUUUAAUACUCCUCUCCCCCCGGCUGCACGAAGAGGUGGAAGACCCUCUAGAGGCGGAAGAGAGGGAGGUAUGCGCAGUGGCGCCCAUCCUUCUGCUGCCAUAUCCAGUAGUGACCGAAGCGUCCCUGCAUCCGCUUCAGCCGCUGGCGGGUCAAAACAGACUGGUUCCAGUGAUAGGGGUCGCAGUGGUACACGUGUUGACUCGGACCAAUCUGGCACCACUCAACCCGCAAGAACGGGUAGCGUAAAUGCGCCAUUGUCGCCAGACGAAAAGAAAGCACCACAUGACAGCCGACCGGAUAGAGCUAGUAGCGACUCAAAAAGUGUAAAGGCUCCAGAGGAGCCUCGGGGAACAACCGGUGGUGAAACUCAAACCAAUCAUCCCGCUGCUGAAACAGGCCCACGCCAGCGACAGAACUCGAAGAGCUUUGGUAGGAGCCACGACUAUUCCAACGUGACAUCCCAGCGAGGCACUGAACAUACGGGAAGACAUGCCGGUGUCCAAGGAGACUCUCAUGCUGGCACACGCUUUAGCUCAGGCCACGAGCGCCGUUUUGACAACGGCCCAAGGUCUGCAGAAUUUUACAAGGAGCCUCCUUUCCACCCCAGGGAUAGGGAACUCUCGAACCAGCGAGAAAGAGAGUACCCACGGGAACGUAACGACUUCCAUCGCGAUCGUGAGUAUGGUAGAGAGCGUGGAGAAUCUCGGCCCGAGAGAGGCCGUGGGGGCUAUAGGGGCCGAGGUGGACAUUCAAACUAUAGCGGUGCUCAUAACUCCCAAUACCAUAGCCCCCCAGUUGGACAAUCCCAGUUCCAAAGCACAAAACCGUUCUCACUUAGUGAACGUCACCGAUCUCAUCAUCAGGCAUCUCAGAAUGGAGGCCAGCAACAUGGUUCUAACCGGGGUCUCAAUAUGAGAUCACCAUCCCUUCCAUCCUCAGGGGUCUAUGGCCCUACACCCUAUCCAAUCCAAACCGACCUCAAUGCGAUGUAUGGUUAUCCCGUGCUACAUCAAGGCCCAAUGACUGCGAUUCCAUAUCAUCCGUAUAUGGAGCACUCUCUAAUGAGCAUGAUUUCAAUGCAGCUGGAGUAUUAUUUCUCGGUUGACAAUCUUUGCAAAGACUUGUUCUUGCGGAAACACAUGGAUUCACAGGGUUUUGUUCUAUUAAGUUUUAUCGCUGGUUUCAAGCGGAUUAAGAGCCUCACCGAAGAUAUGGAUUUCCUUCGUCUUGUCUGCCGCCAACUGAAAAGUGUGGAGUAUAGACCCGGGGAAGAUGGAAAUGAUCGCCUUCGCAAACGGGAGAAAUGGGAACAGUGGAUCCUCGCAAUGGAAAAUCGCGAUCCUUCCGCCCAAAAUGAAGGCCCUCCCCCACUUUCUUUGUCAACUCCAGCUCACGAUGGGAACAGUGAUGGUUUGAACUCGAGUCACCUAGAGACCACCGCGCUAUAUGGCAAUGGGUCACUGCACGAAAUCUCUGGAAACGCGAUCCCUUCCCAUUAUUCGUUGUCGAACGGUGCCACUUCUGAUACCCGCGUGCAUCAGUCCGUAUUAUCGUCCGCUGCCCCCGAGUUCUCGCCAGCUUAUGUGCCGGUAACGGGGCAAAAUGAAAAUGCGAAUCAGCGGGUGGGACAGUGAGCACAGAAAAACGACCAUCUCUAUCGACGCGUACGGCCCAAAUAAAUAUUACAAGCGUAGCUGACGGGCAGCGCCGUGGAAGAUCGCCCCCGUCGUCCAUGUCUAAGAAUUCCGAAACAGCGGCUAUCGCCAACACGCCCACAUUCUGGGUCAAAGACAGAGAUACCCCGAUUGAAUCCCUCCCUACAGACCUUCUUCACGAAUCCUAUAACGUAUUUCGCAAAAAAACCCUUGAUAAACGAUCGUCUGGCAUAACGAGUGAUGGGAACCUGGAUAUGGACGUUCUUUAUCAAUUCUGGUCUCAUUUCUUGGUCCGCAAUUUCAAUUCAAAAAUGUACAAUGAAUUCAGGAGUCUGGCGUUUGAUGAUUUGCAUUUGAACAAUUCUACCACUGGCCUCAACAGCAUCAUCAAGUUUUAUGAUGGCGUUCUUGCGAGCAAUAGACCUAUGCCUGACACGGUCUCGCGGGACCUGGUCCAGCUGGUGGAGUCUGAACUGGAGGCAGCGAAAAAGGAAAAGCCCACGUUUCAGAAGCUGCGCUGUGCAUGGCGGAAUGGUGCGUUCAAUUUUAAGAACAGGAAACGGAUUGAUCGUAUCAUCAGUGAACGCUUGAGAGCGGAGCUGGAUAAAUGAUUUCAAGUCAUUUCUUUGAUUUUUUCUAUGUGAUUUUCUUUUUUUUCCCUUUUUUUUAACAAAAGAAAAUUCUUCUGGUUUUGUGUGUUUUUUUUUCUUCCUUUUUAUUUUACCUGCGCUUAUUGACAUGUCCUUUAUUGCUCUUCCCGUCUUUUAUUAACAUGUUCCUGUGUUUGUCUCAUUUUGUUGAUUUCAUCAAUGAAUCCUUUUUUUUUUCUUUGUUUUUUCCCCUGAUUCCCCCUACUUCUUCCCCCAUGGGAACAGCCAAAUCGACAAAAUCACAUUUACUUUCCCCUCAUGAUCAGCUGUCAUCUCUAGCGAUCCCGCUAGAUUUUAUAUUAUCUAGUCCCGUUCUUCCCCUCCGUUUUACUACGCUUUUACGUCUACCUUUUAUUUUAGUGUCAUGGACCUCGCCGAUGUGUGUUUUUCCCCCUUGAGGUUUUCUUACCUAAUUUUUUACUAUUUCGAAUGUGACUUUUGAAACAUUCAUUUCAUCUCUAAUGAUUAUAGAUUUGUUCCCUGCCAUGUUUUUUCCUGCAUUGCAUUUUAUGUUAAUUGUUUUUGUAAUAUUUUUUUCAUAAAAAGUGUUUCUCCUAUUUUUUUCUCUCUUUUAUUCUUUUUCUUCAUAUUUUGUGAAUCUAGCACAAUGAUCAGUCUAAGAUGGGCUUGUAAAAUGGAAAAAAAAAAAAAAAAAAAAAAAAAAAAAAAAAAAAAAAGUAUAAAUGAAAGUAGCUGAGUUAAAAUAGAAAAGAGAGUAAAACUUCAGAAAAUCUAUGUUAUACUUGUGUUUUUAUUCAUUAUGAGAUAGUGUGUGAUCAAUCACUUAAUAUCUACUUGUAUAGACUGACUAUGUAACUGUGUCUGA